UCCUUAUAAACCCCACUGAAGAAGAAGCGAGCUAUAAGUCUCCUCCGUUUAUGACAUCUACUUUGUUUUGAGAUUUCUUUCUAAAAAUAUAUAUCCAAACUAUGUCUUCCUCUGAUGUUGCGCGGCACCUGGGAGCACAUCCCCUCUCUCUGUCUGGCCAUGUUGGGUUUGACAGCCUUCCAGACCAGCUGGUCAACAAGUCCACCUGCCAAGGCUUCUGUUUCAACAUCCUCUGUAUAGGUGAGACUGGUAUUGGUAAGUCGACCCUGAUGGACACACUGUUCAACACUAACUUUGAGAACUGUGAGUCGUCCCACUUCGAGCCACAGGUGAAGCUGCGAGCCCAGACAUACGACCUGCAGGAGAGUAAUGUCAAACUCAGACUCACAGUAGUCAACACUGUUGGCUUUGGAGACCAGAUGAACAAACAGGACAGCUACCAGCCGGUGGUGGACUAUAUAGACCGUCAGUAUGAGACUUAUCUCCAGGAGGAGUUGAAGAUCAAGAGAAGCCUCCAUAACUACCACGACUCCCGGCUCCAUGCCUGUCUCUACUUCAUAUCACCCUCCGGACACUCCCUCAAGUCCCUGGACCUACUCACUAUGAAGAAACUAGACAGCAAGGUGAACAUCAUCCCAGUGAUAGCCAAGGCGGACACCAUCUCUAAGAGUGAGCUGCACAAGUUUAAGCUCAAGAUCAUGAGUGAGCUGGUCAGUAACGGAGUUCAGAUCUACCAGUUCCCUCUGGACGAUGAGACUGUAGCCAAGGUUAACACUACCAUGAAUGGCCACCUGCCGUUUGCUGUAGUGGGUAGUACAGAGGAGAUGAUGGUGGGGAACAAAAUGGUGAAGGCUCGCCAGUACCCCUGGGGCGUAGUGCAAGUGGAGAACGAGAGUCACUGUGACUUUGUGAAACUGCGUGAAAUGCUGAUCUGUGUGAACAUGGAGGACCUGAGAGAGCAGACUCACACACGUCACUAUGAACUGUACCGCCGCUGCAAGCUAGAGGAGAUAGGCUUCAGAGACACAGACCCUGAGAGCAAACCUGUCAGCCUUCAGCAGACAUAUGAAGCAAAGCGUACAGAGUUUCUGGGGGAACUUCAGCGGCGAGAGGAGGAGAUGAGACAGCUGUUUGUCCAGAGAGUCAAAGAGAAGGAGGCUGAACUCAAAGAUGCUGAGAGAGGGCUGCAGGGAAGGUUUGAGCAGCUGAAGCGGUUGCAUGCGGAGGAGAGGGGUGCGUUGGAGGAGAAGAGACGAGUUCUAGAGGAGGAACAAAGUUCCUUCAGUAAGAGACGAGCUGCAGCCCAGCUACUGCAGGCCCAGAACCUUAAUGCUAACGGGAAGAAGGACAAGGACCGCAAGAACUCUGGGUUCAUGUGAAGAUCAGCGUGACUUGGAUCAAAACAACCAUCUAGUCCUCUAUUCUGCCCUCGUUGGCUAGAUUCUAGAGCUAAAUAGAAAUUAAUUUAACAGAGCCUGCUAACUUCAAAUUUCUUACUUUAUAAAGAAAGGAACAACAAUAAGCAUUUUAAAACUGACUGUACUGUCAACAGCCCAUAAGACAUCAGUCUUCAGAUGUAAGUUAUGAGGCUCACGUGUUAUUCUUGUUCUGGUUUUGGUGGUGUAAGUUUAUAUUCAAAAUGUUUUACCAUCCAGAAAACUAUUUUUAAAAACAAUAUAAAGUAAUAUUGUGCCACUGCUAAAUGCACACGUAGGGGAAACACUGCUUUGAUGUUCAGUGACAGAUUAUUAUGUUAUUUUAUACUUCAUUUUAGUGGCAUUUUGCUUUAUAUAUCCCUGUAUUUUAUAUCUCCCUCUAUUAACCCCUGCAACUAUAGGUCACCAGUAGCCUUGCAGUUUUGCCAAUGAAUUCCCUUUUUACUUGCUUUAGACUUUACUGACUGUUUCGCUACCAUUUAUUAGUAAAGAAUUAUUAAUUGGGUUGUAAAUUUAUUUAGGAAUUGGAUGGGAUUUAUGUAAAUUUACACUCGUUAGGUAUAUUCAUUUUCCUUCUUAGGGAGAGUUUAACCAAUGAUUAUAUUCCAGUGAAACAUAAUGCUAUGCCAAACUGAAACACUUGAGUGCUUAAAGUCUUUGUGUGCCUUACAUGUGAUAUUUAUAUGGACUCACUAUAGACCAGCACCGAUCAGGGUACUGUUUACACAAGCGAUGUCAUGUUUACAUGUUUUAACUACCCCAGUCAGACUCCUCUUCAUUCCACUGUCCCUUCACUCAUUUGGCAUGCAUUUGAUAAACAGUGUUAUCGGGGAAAGAUUUUAAUGUCUAACAAAUGUAUUUUUCAUAAGUUCUUUUAAACCAGUGUCCUAUGCAUUGUGUGCAAUUUGUUCUCAGUUUUAAAUAAAUAAAUUGUCUAUGUAGUGAAACUGACCUGCAGUAUUAUGUUUUUCCAACAGUAUUUCUCAUUAUUUAUAUAAAAGCAGUUAAAACUCUGCCUCUUUUUUUUCUUUUGUUGAUGUCUAGGCUACUUAAAAAGUGUUUUCUGCUCUAGUACUGACUGAGGUGAUACAGUAUCUGCAGUGUUUUUUUUUUCUUGACAUUUUAUUUACUCUCUCCUGACACCCUGAUCUAGAUGUCUUCUCACUUCCCAAAAUUGAGAUCCGAACUGAAUUGACCCUGACACAAUCGGUCGUAAAAAUAAAUCCGAUUCGGACCUGAGUUGGGUAUGACGUUACAAACUUGGCCCACCUGUAUUUAGUGAGUUUCUCCCAUUCUCUGCAGAUCCUCUCAAGCUCUGUCAGGUUAGAUGGGGAACGUCGCUGCACAGCUAUUGUCAGGUCCCUCCAUACAUGUUCAAUCGGGUUCAAGUCCGGGCUCUGGGUGGGCCACUCAAGGACAUUCAGCGACUGGCCUGAAGCCUCUCCUGUGUUGUCUUGGUUGUGUGCUUAGGGUGGAUGUCCUGUUGGAAGGUGAACCUUCGCCCCAAUAUAAGUUAUUGAGAGCUCUGGAGCAGGUUUUCAUCAAGGAUCUCUGUACUUUGCUCCUUUCAUCUUUGCCUCGACCCUGACUAGUCUCCCAGUCCCUGCCGCUGAAAAAAAUUCCCACAGCAUGAUGCUGAAACCACCAUGCUUCAUUGUAGGGAUGGUGUCAGGUUUCCUCCAGACAUGAUGCUUGGCAUUCAGGCCAAAGAGUUCAAUCUUGGUUUCAUCAGACCAGAGAAUCUUGUUUCUCAUGGUCAGUCAUUUGGUGCCUUUUGGCAAACUCCCAAGUGGACUGUCAUAGGCGUAUUACUGAGCAGUGGCUUCUGUGUGGCCUGAUUGGUGGAGUGCUACAGAGAUGGUUGUCCUUCUGGAAGGUUCUCCCAUCUUCAGAGGAUCUCAAGAACUCUGUCAGUGACCAUCAGGUUCUUUGUCACCUCCCUGACCAAGGCCCUUCUCCCCUGAUUGCUCCAAUCAAGUUGUAGAAACAUCUGAAGGAUGAUCAAUGGAAACAGGAUGAACCUGAGCUACAUUUUGAGUCUUUUACCAAAGGGUCUGAAUACUUAUGUAAAUAAGGAAUUUCUGUUUUAUUUUGAAUAAAUGUGCAAAAAUGUCUAACCCUU